CUCCGCCCGCGCUACUUAGGGUUUCCCUUUCAGCCGCAGGUCUCUCAGCUUAGGGCUUAGGGGAGAGAGAGAGAGUAGACCGGCGGCGACGAUGGUAGAGAAGGCGAGCAAGGGGCGCAAGGAGGAGGUGGUCACGAGGGAGUACACCAUCAAUCUCCACAAACGCCUCCAUGGAUGCACUUUUAAGAAGAUGGCUCCGAAGGCCAUUAAGGAGAUAAGAAAGUUCGCGCAGAAGUCAAUGGGCACGACGGAUGUCAGGAUUGAUGUGAAGCUCAACAAGCAUCUCUGGAGCAGGGGGAUCCGAGGCGUGCCGAGACGGGUCCGUGUGAGGAUUGCCCGCAAAAGGAACGAGGAGGAGGAUGCAAAAGAAGAGCUCUACUCUUUGGUUACUGUUGCCGAGGUUCCUCCCGAAGGUUUAAAGGGGUUAGGAACCAAGAUUGUUGAGGAAGCAGAUUGAAUUCUUGGCGGUUGAAUGCCCCCUUUUCGAGGUUAUUAUGGCAAUUGAGAUUAUUUUCAGAUUUUGUAGGGAGUUUUGGAUGCAAUUGGAGUGUUGAACUAUGAGAUUUUCCUUCGCUGAAUUUUAAGUUAUAUUUAAGAAUUUCUUGCUUGUUCACAUCAUAGAACCGUGUACUGUCUACCAGUUCAGUUCCAAGUAGUAAUCAUUUGGCAGUUGCUUGUUUGAGCGGUCUAUGUUAUGCAACUGUUUGCUU